AUGUCACGUUCAAAUAUUCCUAGAUAAUUGCCACCCUUAUAGCAAAAGAGAGUUGGAGAAGGUGAAAUGCCUUUUGGAGGGUAUUAGCAACUGUCAUAGCCAGCAGAGAAGAAGGUUGACUUUGCAAAUUCAAAUUUCGAUCAGCAAGAAGCAUAGGAAAUGGAUGAAGAAGAAAAAUUGUAACCUGCACCCAAUCAUGACAGUGGAAUGACAUACACCAACUUUAUGAAUGAUGAUCUGAUUUAUAAUUGUUUCUCUUUGGGAGACCGAAUCGGAGCCAGAAUCAAUAGACUGCUCCAUUGCGAUCCGCCUAGACGCACUUUCGUGGAUCUAUUGAAUAAGCUAGAAUAUGAAUAAAUUGUGAACCCAUUUUCAAUGAGUGAGAAAGAUAAAGCCCAGAUUACACCCGAUAGAACUGUGGUAGUGAAGAUAAUUGGGACAUCCUAAUUACAGAUGGAUACGAACAUUCAGCAUCCAUUCAUAAGGAUGCAUGUGAUCAAUAUCAAAAAUGGAUGCUAUUUGUAUAAGCCAAAAAAUGAGGACAAUUAACCAAGAGAGUUCACGAAUGCCGUGUACAAUUAUGAAAGCAAUUGCAUAACGAACAUCGUGGAUGGAGAGAGGGAGAGAGUUACAUGUGAGUUAGAGUUGCUAACUGCUUUUUCUACGAAUUUCUGCGAUAUGCGUAUGGCAACCAAUAGUAGAGCAUAGUGGAAUGAGGAAAUACUGAUUAAUAUUCCAGCUGAUGAGUUCUAUAAGUCAGAUACGAUAAUUUUGUUUGAACUUCUAGAUUUUCAUCCUAUUUAUUUAUAGUAGCACAAUAGUGAGUUCUUGGAUUCAGAUAACUUCUAUAGAAUUGCUUGGGGAUAUGCAAGACCUAAUGGGUUAUGCAGAUUGCAUUUGGGCAUAAGUAAGAUACAGUUGUACAAGUAUUUGUUUGAUACGAGUAAAUUGAAAUCAGUCAGCAGAAGAGAAUCAAUUCCAUUGGUGUAUUUUGAUUUCCUUUGGCUUGAUAAAGUUGAGUAUGAUGCAGUUUUGAAUGUGUAUUUGGGAACUGAAGCCAAGCCCUAAUUCAUCGAGAUAUACGGGAAGAGUCAAAGCACCAGUGUAUUUGAGGUGGAGAGAGGAGAUGAAGAGGCAAAGGAGAAGGUGAAACACUCUGUGGUGAUGGAGAAGGUGAUUGAGUAGAGAGUGGAGGAGAUCACUGAUUAAGAGAAGAUCAAUUUAAGAAGACGUCGUUACCUUGGAGAUAAGGAAGAUCACAUUCCAGAUAAAAUAGCUUAUAAAUUCGCCAGUGCUCCUUUGGGAUGCUAUAGACUGACCUUCAAUAAAUUUGGGAAUUACUUGGCUUGUGCAUGUACUUAUAGGAAUUCAAAAACUAUAAUAAAAUUAUUUGAUGUAGAGACCGGUUAACAUUUUGCAACAUAUAAAGGUCAUAGGAAUAUCAUUCAUGAGUUGCAAUUCUCAUCGAAUUCACAAUAUUUAAUUACGGUGUCAAGUGAUUACACAGCCAAAGUCUGGAUGAAUGAAGAAGAUUCGGACUUGCUGUAAAUCUGUUAACUCCAACAUCCCUCUUUUGUUUAUGCUGGUUUGUUUUUGAUGGAUAACAAGAUGCCAGUGGUGGCCACAUGUUGUUUCGAUAGCAGAAUGCGUAUAUGGCAAUUUGAGUCUAAUCAAUCAUUACAAAUAAUUGAUGAACCCAUUCAGUAGGAAAUUAUUUCAUAUGAUGGCAUCUCCUUUGAUCAAUUUGAUAAUCUGGGCAAUCACAGACAUCCCAAUUGCAUAGUGUAUGAUGGUGUCAAAUGUUUGUAUGUUGGAGAUUCCUUGGGAAAUAUUCACUUUUUUGACAUCAAUCUCUCUGGUGUGAUUCAAGAAAUUAGUGGGAAUGCAAUUAAUUCAAUAUAAUUGAUGCCUCCAGAAUGCCAAGAUCUCUUAAUUCACACUAGAGAUAACUGCCUUAGAAUUGUUGAUUUUAAGUCUGGAGAUGGCAAGUUUCAUGAUCAUGAAGUGAUAUAUGGCACAGUCAACAAUCGUUUCUUUGGGUCUCAAUCUGUCAAAAUAGCCUGUCGAAGUGUCUCCAGUCCAAAGGGAGAUUACGUUCUAUCAGGGAGUGAAGAUGGUAAACCCCAUCUCUGGAGUAAUCUAACACAAACCUUACCCACCGAUUUAUUUUAAUUUAGUGUGAUUGGUCCAGUAGCUGACGUGGCUUGGAACUAAGGCUAUCACAUGAUUGCAGUUGCUGGUUUUGGAGAUGAGCAUCCCAUACUUGUCUAUGUUUGGGAGAGAGAAGGAGAUCUUAAUUUUAUUGAAGCCAAAAAACUAUAAGAUGAAAUCAAAAUUAAAAAUAGAGAACAAGAAGACAUUAUAUUUAAUAUCCAAGCUAAACAAACACUCAGUCGCUUCCAAUAAUCGAUUCAAGCUCAAGGACUCUUUUAGCCACAACUUGCUUAAUCCUCCUAGAUUCCAUUCUAACCCUAAUCCAAUUUCAAUUAAUAACAACCUGGCAAUUAAUCUAGGACUGGUACCUAAGCUGGGCCUUUUGGAUCUUCAGGACCGUUUGGCUAGCCACAACAAUCAUAAUCAUAGGUUCCAUUUGGUUAACCACAAUAAUCGCAGGUCCCAUAUGGUUAACCAUAGCAAUCGUAGACUCCAUUCGGUCAACCUUAAUAAUAGGUUCCAUUUGGAUAGCCAUAAGGACCGUUUGGAUCGUAAGGAGAACCUCAAUCUGGUCCUUUUGGAUAGUCCUAGUAAUAAGGUCCUUUUGGUUAGAUGCCUUUCUAGCAGUAAUAGCAAGUACCUCCAAAUUAUCCAAACACACCGUAUAAUGCAAGUUAUCAAAUGCCAUUUUCAUGA